AGUCGGUUUUCUUUUUCCACAGAUUACCGGCAACCAAUGAUGACUCCGUGGCCCAUCGCGAAGCCCAUCGCCAGCCGACCCAUCCCCGUCCAGCAUCAGCACUUACAACAUCUCCUGGCUCACUGCCACCACCCAUACUUGGCUGUGAGACCGUCGCAGGCGCACACACAAGUGUUUCCGCUGCCCGGCGCCUUUCCCUGGGCACACAGUUCGCGAGGUAAACCUCGGCGGGGCAUGAUGCGGCGCGCCGUGUUCUCCGACCUGCAGCGCAAGGGUCUGGAGAAGCGGUUCCAGGUCCAGAAGUAUAUCUCCAAGCCAGACAGGAAGAAACUGGCUGAGAAGCUGGGGCUCAAGGAUAGCCAGGUCAAAAUCUGGUUCCAAAAUCGUCGCAUGAAGUGGCGCAAUUCUAAAGAGCGGGAGCUUCUGGCGUCCGGGGGCUCCAGAGAGCAGACGCUGCCUAACAAGAACAACCCCCACCCGGACCUGUCUGACGCUGAGGUGGACAAGCAGAAGAUGUCUCCGGUCCCUGAGGAUGAGGAGAAGAAGUUCGCCAGCACUUCUGGGGAAUUUAGAGGUUACGAAGACAAAAUAGCCGCCCCAUUCUACCGCGAACCGUUCCAGCCAAUGGAUGAGGCUGACGACUUUGACAGUGACAGCGCCAGCGACGAGGAAAUUAACGUGACAUGA